AAUAAUAAAUCAAGUAAACAAUGGUUUUAUUUAUAGCAUAAUAUUGAUUGCAAUAUGAAGGAGUUCAAAUCUCUUGUAUUAUUCAAUUUCUCAAAUUAAUCAAAGAGAGUCUUAAAUCAGUCAUUAUUUUUAAACGCAGAAUUUGAAGAAAUGUCAAAUUUUCUCACCCCCGCACCGCACUGUCCGCACCCCAGUUUCUAUCUUGUAUCAAAAUCGAAAUACGAAACAAAUGAAAAAUUCCAUGAAUUUGUAAAUGGAAUCAAAAUUAACUUAAUAAUGUGUUGAAUUAUAUAUAAAAUGUUAAAUAUUUAGGAACAUUUAGCGUGUUACUUUGAUAUUUAAAUUAUAGGCAGCAUGUUCAAAAGUCGCGGAGAUAUUGUUUAUAAAUGUACAGUUAGACUAUUAGAAGAUACAGAGAUAUUAGAAUGCGAAUUCCACCCAAGUUAUAAGGGCAAGUUCUUGUUGGAGCAUGUGUGUCAACAGUUGAAUCUCACAGAGACUGAUUAUUUCGGACUGCGAUAUGUGGAUGCCGGUGGUCAACGACAUUGGCUGCAUAUGGCCAAGUUAAUACUUAAACAGGUCAAAGAUGCAUCACCUAUACUAUUCAGUUUUCGUGUAAAGUUCUACCCUCCGAACCCCUUACUCCUGAAAGAGGAUGUGACAAGGUUCCAGAUUUACCUGCAGCUGAAGAGAGAUCUGUUACAUGGGAGGCUGUACUGCACAGCUAAUGAGGCAGCUAUGCUUGGAGCACUUAUUAUACAAAUCGAGCUUGGCGACUAUGACCCUAACAUCCAUGUGGGAAACUACGUGACUGAGAUGAGGCUACUCCUCAGACAAACGGACACCAUCGAAGCUAGAAUACAGGAGCUGCACAGAGAGCCGGUAGAAGGCACCCCCGGCGGUAGCGGCGGUGUGAAGGGCAUGUCGACGCAGGAGGCCGAGCGGACCUUCGUGAAGAUCGCGUGCCAGCUCGACACGUACGGCGUCGACCCGCAUCCUGUGAAGGUUUGGGACCACAGAGGCAACCAGUUGUACCUGGGCAUCAACCACAGCGGCAUCCUCACGUUCCAGGGCAGUCGGAAGACGCACCAUUUCAAGUGGUCCGAAGUGCACAAGAUCAACUUUGAAGGAAGGAUGUUUAUUGUACAUCUUAAUUAUCCAGAGAAAAAGCACACGGUUGGUUUUAAAUGUCCGAACGGUCCGGCCUGCCGCCACGUGUGGUGCUGCGCUAUUGAACAGAUGCUGUUUUUCACGUUACCGUCUUCAUCUGACGCGUGUGUGUACUCGGGCGGCGGCCUGUUCUCGUGGGGCACCAAGUUCAAAUACUUCGGCCGCACCGAGCGAGAGAUCCUGGAGAGGGAUGGACUGCUCGCACCGAGGGACUCACAGGAGGAGGGCUCAAGCACAGGCGGCAAGCGGAAAGCGUCGAGCGUGCCCGCCACGCCGUCCACGCCCAUGACCGGCGACUUCGGUAUCUAUCGCUACAGCAGCCUGCCGCGCUCGACGCACAGCGCGCCGCUGGAGGAGAGCGGCCCCGACGAGUGCAACGGGGCCUGUCUGCUCAGCGGGCCCGCCGUCGACAUCGCGCUCGCCUGCGCCGACACCGCGCACGACGACAAGCCGCACGCGUUGCCGGCGGAGUAUAGCCUCCGGGACUCGUUCGAGCACUCGUCGUCGGAGUCGGGCGUGACGAUGGGCACGCUGGGCGCGGGGGCGGGCGGGGGCGCGGGCGGGGGCGCGGCGGGGGGCGCGGCGCGGGGCGCGUGCGGCGGGGGGCGCGGCUUCAGCCUGCUGCGCGCCUUCGUGCCGUCGUUCGUGGUGGUGUGGGUGUCGCUGGCGCUGCUGGCGCUGCUGCUGUUCGAGACGGAGCUGCCGGCGCUGGCGGCGUGGCGGCGCCUGCCCGAGCUGCGCGCGCUGCGCACUCUCUACUACGCGCCGCUGAAGGCCUACCUCAAGCGGAAGGUCGUCGAGCUGUUCUGAUUCCCGCCCGCGCCCGCUCCUCCACCACAGUGUCAAAUUAUUACGGCGCGUACCUACCUUAACGUCGAAUUGCUCCCGCCAGAAAUACACGAACUCGAGUGCAAACCAAAACUCCACUUAGAAUGUAUUGUAACCGAAAGUAACAAAUUUUAUAAGAGUCUCCAUGAUACAUCCUCCGGUCUUGUAUUUCUGGCGAGAUCACAACGAGUCUUAUUUGUACAAUAUCUUCGCGUACCUAAACUAAGUCACCGCUAUACGCUUUCUUAUAGUACAAUUAAUUUUUAAGCUUGUCACUACUUGUCUCGCACGCCACACAAGAUUUAUGGAAAACAUCGUGAUAGUGGGUACUGUGUCAAUAGAGGCUUUAAAAUUAUAAGAAUAAACUUAAAAUAUGACAUUUAAGAAGAAUUAAAAUUCAUUGACUUGUUAAUUUUAGGAAACUUUUUUAUGUUUUUCAUCAAAACGUAUUUGUAAACAAAAAUAACACAUAAGUUGACUAGAUUUAUAUAAUAUAAUAAGGAGAUCGAGUGCUCUUAUUAAGAUCAUUGAAUUAACACUUGUGUGGAAUAUUAGAAAGAUAAUAUACCUAUUGAAGUGCAUGUCGAGAGCUGGGAUCUCGGAAUAAGUUAGUAAAAUGUGUUAUUGAAGAAGUAAAUGGGAACGAAUGUAUACAAUGUAUUUAUACUUUAUUUGUGCUUAGACAUUGAUAGACCACUUCCUUUAAAAAAUCUCAUAAAAAAUUAAAUGUGAUUGCUAUCCAAAAGUGGAGGCAAUUAUAAGCUGAACAAAAUUUUGACCCUGGAGGAAGAUAAUGUUGUCUUAGCACAAAAUAUGACCGGAGUUGAAUGGGCUUUGCCUUAAUCUAAACAGUACAUUUGACAAAGCAAAUAUUUAGUUAUGUAAGUUUUUUUUUUUGUUAUUAAGAAGCCUGUAUUGAAACAUGUAUCCAGUAUUUUGUGAUUAGUGAUUGCAGAUUGUGGGUUUACAUGUUCCUAAUUGUUUUUAUACAUUGGCCUACAGCUUCGAACGGCCUCACCGGAUGUUCUACAAACAUUUGUGAAUUAGUUCAAAUAUUCAUUCUUUCUCUCUAGUCUACCACGAUAUUUGAAUCUCAUUUUAUAUUUCAACGAUAUCUAACAUUCCACCUAAUAAUUUAGUCUUCCAAUACGAUUUUUUGUAGUGCUUUAAUAAUCGUUCAUUUUAAACUAAUAAUUAAGUAUUGAGCACAAAGCAUUUAAACUUUAGUUAUUAGAUGUGCCAUCAAUUAUAUUUUUAAACUAGUCUUAAUGAAUCUUGGUCCUAUUUUCUGCACAAUUAUUCUAUAAGUUUGUAUAUGUGUAAACGUUAUUUAUUAUGUAUUUGUUAAACACAAUAUUAAAUUAUUUUACUUAUGACACGA